GCAAACGCCCUUAUCUCUUGAAGCCAACGACUAUCCCUCCUAUCUACAAACGCUUUUACACUGAGAAGGUGGCCUUAUAAUUGAACCGAGUGUUAAAUCCUGGUUUAGAAUAUCCGAAGGCAUAGAUCUAUUAUCUACCUCUGUUAUAUCGUGGUUCUAUUCGAUAAUUACCUAGGUAUUCAGUAUGCACAAGAUGAAAUUUUUGGAUAUGUUGGACGUUGGCCAUUUCCUAAGAACUUCCCUCCGCAAUACCUCAUUUUCGUCCCUCUUAAGCCUUGUAUCUGGAAGGAGAGCGUCAACACGACAGCUCCCUCGCCCGCUCAUCAUUUUUAUACUUGGGGCUCCCGGGGUGGGCAAGGGUACGCUCUCGCAAUCCAUCUGGGAGUCAGAACCCGGCAUGACACACCUAUCCUACGGUGAUCUGGUCCGUUACCAUGACCGGAUUCCUGGGUCUUGGAUAAGUAGUUUCCCACGGCGCGAGGGGACGGACAGUCCGUUGCUUCCCGCCCAUGGCGCGGUCAAGCUGCUCCGGAACACGAUCGAGGCGGGGGUGCUGCAGCACGGGCAGAUGACCUGGCUUAUCGACGGAUUUCCGCGUCAGAAAGAACAUGUGGCCGAAUGGCUAGCGCAGAUGCCGCCAGCGGACAGUACGUUAUAUCUGUUUUGCCCGGUUGAGAUCUCAAUCACUCGAAUAAUGGGACGAUCCGAGACUUCGGGGCGACCAGACGAUGCGGACUCGGACAAGGUACGGUUGAGAGUCCAACGGACUGUUGCCGAGUGUGAGCCGAUGCUCGAUGCCCUCGAGAAAUCGGGUAUGCGUGUAGUCCGGGUGGAUGCGAAUAGAGAACUAAAAACUGUGAAGGCGGAGGUUCUUCGUCAUGUCAAGGUAAGUAUAAACAGAUGUCGCCUAAAUGAGACUUAGGCUAUCGGGUCGCCCUACAAGACUAACGGGUUGGCUCUAGGAAGCGAUUGAAAACCGGGAAAGGGAUUGAGCUACUGAUAUGUAUAGAUGUAUUUCAUUUAAUGAGGAUAUGACCUUGAAUGUCGUUAGGUAUUUACUAGGAGAAGACUACAUACAUACAUACGUAUCUACAUGUAGGUAGUCACCAAAGUCUAC